AUGGUAUUUGAGGGGAAGGAGAAGCCAAGACACCUCGUCUGCACCUGCCAGGUCGCGCCCACCAUCCUCGAUACACCAUCUUUCAACACGUCGAUUCACUAUCAUCAAAGCGAUAAUAGAGACGCUCUGACCAGCUACGUGAAGUCAGCCAAGACAUUGCCCGCCAGCACGCGCAACCUCCCUUGCUUCACCUUCACCUGCCUGCAACAGGCCAUCUGGACGUGCGUGCUCCGUGCGAGGCGUAGCUUGUUUCCCGGGACGAAACGCCAACAUCUGUACGACUCAUUCGGUAUGCUCGUCUAUUGA